UCUUCCCAUCAUGCAAUUUCAAAAAUGGGUCCUGUUUGUUGAUUUCUUUUUUAUUGCCAAAUCCAAUAAUUGAAAUUCCAAGGUGUUGAAAUAAUUUCAAUUGCAAUGAAUUAAGAAACAAAAUGACACUAACUGCUGCUGUCAGCAGAUAUAUACGCAAAUAUCUAUUUUCCCAAGAACUCGUCCUAACUUGUAUAUUUCUGAUAAUUUUGUAUCAGUCGGUAUUCCACGUCAAACCAAUAUGGCGAUAUCUCCGGCGAACCAAGCUUAAUAUUCAGUUACGUUGGCAAGGACAGUACAACUCUUCAAAGGUGCAGGAUUCUCAUCUGCUGAAUUCAAGUGGAGAAAACGAUGCUUGGGAAACAAAAAAAGGCAAUGCAGCUGUUUAUGCCAUUCAAGGGAGGCGCCCCCAUAUGGAGGACCGGUUUAACAUAGUUUAUGACUUAGAACAUACCAAAUCUUCAAUCUAUGGAAUAUUUGAUGGACAUGGUGGAGAGUUUGCAGCAGACUUUGUGGAGAAGACAUUGAUUAAGAAGAUGAUGAUAAGAUUACUGAAAUCUUCUCUAGAUCACAGUCAAGUCAACAUAUCACAAAUGAUUAUGCAGGAGAUGUUAGAUGUUGAUGAUCAGCUUCUGAAGGUCACAAGGUCAAACAUGGACAUAUCAGGAACAACGGCUGUUUUAGCAUUGGUACAAGAUGGAACAUUAACAGUAGCUAACGUUGGCGACUCAAGGGGUGUACUGUGUGACAAAGCAGGACAAGCUGUGCCAGUAUCAUUUGAUCAUAAACCACAUUUGGUACAGGAAAGACAAAGAAUCAGGAAUGCUGGAGGGUUUAUUAGUUUCAAUGGAGUCUGGAGAGUAGCUGGUAUACUUGCAAUGUCCAGAGCCUUAGGAGACUACCCAUUAAAAGAUAAAAACCUUGUGAUAGCUAAUCCAGAUAUUUUGACUUUUAACAUUAGUGACCUUCAGCCUCCAUUUAUGAUCUUAGCAACCGAUGGAUUGUGGGAUGUUUUCUCCAAUCAGGAAGCUGUUGAUUACAUCAGUGAACGAUUACAUGAGCCUCACUAUGGCGCCAAGAGUUUAGUCCUUCAGGCCUACUACAGGGGAUCGCUUGACAAUAUUUCUGUCCUGGUUGUUAACUUUAAAGACAAAAAAUCAGCUUCUUUUGAUAAACAACCUAAUCGGUGAUACUAACCUAUCAUUUAGGAAUCUGUUUAAGGGAAAGGGAUAUUAGUCUUAACAGAUUUUUCUUUAUAUAAAAGGUGAUAAGUAUAUUAAAUCAUUUGUUGUGAUAAACUUAGAUAAAGAAAUCUAUUUUUGUAUAAUAAUUUAUAAAUGGCAGAGGUUAGAUUAUUAAACUGUCUCAAAGGUUGAAGUAUAAACUGUCAGUGUGUUUUUGUCUACACAUACUAUUAUUACUGACAAAAGGGGGGAGGGGUAAAAUGUAUCAUUUUCUGAAUAGAGUCAUAUAGCAGUAAUUCAGUAGGAAUUUAUAGAACAUUAAAUUAAUAUAUGGUACAAUAAGUCAAUAGUGUCAUACUAUACUAUUGUUUUACAGUGAACAAUUAGCAAAUGUCAGUCAACAGCAAAAUCAUAUGUACAUGGAGGCAAGGCCAUUUCUUUUAUCAUCUUCAAUAUUUGUAAUGCUGUUUUAAUGGGAAAAUAACAUAAAUGUUUGUGCUGUAGACAUAUUUACUAUUCAAGGUACAAAGAAAGAUGAUAAGGGUUAACCUCCAAAUUUAAAAAAAAUUAUAUCACAAGUUUGAUUCACAAAUAUUGUUCAUAAAAAGGAGCAUGCUUUGGAUGAUAAAACCUUACAAUGAAACGCUACAGCAAGAAGCAAUAAAGAGGGCACAUCAGAAAGAGGAGAGAUGAAGGGUUCUCAAUUUGAUUUUCAUUUGUCCACAGUAUAUUGGAGAAUUGUAUGUGAAGGUGAAAAUGUUUAAGUUAAAUCAUCUGAUGCUCUAUCUUUUAAAUGAAAGGAGUUUUUGGUAACUUUAAUACAAUGACUUUGUUUUUAAUUACAUUCCAAAAAUUAAAUUGAACGUGAAUUCUAGUCGAAUAUAUUAUAUAAAUCAUUCCAGUCUAUGCUUUCAUUUAUUCUGCUUUUAUUGCAAUCAAUGAAAUUUCUUAAAGGUCAUAGCUAGAAGUUGGGAGCUUUUGUCUUGAAACAAAAAUUAGUGCUAAUUUUAAUGUAUAUAAUGAAUAAUUUGCAUGUGUUUAAUGUAUUUACAUUUGUUUACAACUCAGGUUUAUUAAGACUUACUGGUUGUGAAGGUAUGUGAUAAACCAAAUAUGAAUAGGACAUAAUAUAGAAAUAAGGAGAUAUGUCCAUAGUGGUAGUGUCAUCAUUGAUAUAUAUAUACAAAGUUUAUAAAUAAGGGAAUGUUGUAGAAUUUCCAAUGUUACUGUGGUUCAUGAAUAUUCGUUGGAUGUCAAUUUUCUUUGAUUUCCUGGGUACAGGUUUACCACAAAUUUGAAUGUUCAAUGAAUAGUAUAUUUUCCAUUGGCUUGUAUGCAGAUUUUAGCCAAACCACAAAAAUAAAUAUCCACCAAAGUGUCAGUUUUCCAACUUUUCCUCAAUCCAAGAAAAUUGGUAUCCAAGAAAAUAAAUGAAUCCACAGUACAACUAGCUACCUAAAAAAUAAAUAUAUAGGAAUGAACAAUUUCUAACCACCUUUCUGUCCAAACAAAGGCAAAAGUAGUUUACUGCUGUUCAAUAGUCAUAAAUAAAUCAAUCAAACCAAAACAAAAUAAAAUUCAAUACCUAAAGAAACAAAUCAAGCCAAAGUCAGUAGUUCUCUCAGUGUGCACUGGCUUCCCCUACUAGUCAAACCAGGCCUUUAUAAAAUAGAUAAGUAAUCUGAAUGUGGCAUUAAUAACAACAAUCAAUCUCAAUUACUUUUGUGGUGUUUGUUUGUUUGUUUGUUUUAAAAAUGAAGUAAUUAUAAGGUCAAUUAUUUGUAUAUGCUUUGUUAGAAACAAAAUAUAUCUGCAAUUAUCUUAAAUCAAUGGUUAUUUGUUUCCAACUGCCUUAUGUAGAUGAUAGGAACAUAAUAAAUAUAAUUGAAAAAUCUCAAAUAUAAUUUUUAACGGUUAGUUUAUUAUAAGGUUAGAAUAAUGUAUUAUCAUUUUUGAAGUUGUUAAAUUGCAAUUUAUAACAUUGUCAACAGACUGGUAUUAUCUAUAAUGUUUUUUCAUUGAUAUAAACAUGUAAAAUGUGGGGCAUUAUAACAAUGCAAUAUAUCAUCACAUAUAGUUUGGUAAACAUAAUAGAUGUUCUUGGCAGUUUAUUAUAGACGAUUACUGUUAAAUGUAGAAUUGUUGUACAAUGUAAAAUUGAACAAAAACGGUAGAUUUGGAGAUUAUUUCUUGUGUAAUUUUAGUUAUAUGGUGUUGUGUUCAAUAGUUUCUUAAUGUCUGAAAACCUGGUUUAGGAAUAGUAGUUAUUAGAUAAAAUCUUUCUUUUAACAAGUAAAGACUUAGACUACACUGGUUUAAUAGUCCAAGGUAAACAAUAUUAAAAAUCUUUUUUCAAAUGUAUUUUUAUAAACUGAAGAUGUAACAUGUUAGGUUAUGUAAUCAUUAUAGCCUCAUUCCUCUAUUCCUCCAAUCCACAGAAUAAGACCUCUUUUGUUUGUGAGGUCAAGGAUUGGAGUCUAGAGUGAAAAUUUUGAUCAAAAUGAUGGGAAAAGAUUAACUAGUAAAACUCUUAUAAUAACCCCUCCUCAAACUAAAAGGCAACACAUCUAUGUUGUGAGUGUAUGUUCAGAAGGUUUCAUACUGUUUCUAAGAUACAAAUAGGUACUCAAAGUUCACAAAAUGACUUUUUCAAAUUUUAACUUCAGGUGUUCUUCUGCUAAUCUGUUUCAUGCACAUAUGCCUUCCUCCUGCCCCAUCUAAAACUUAAUGAUAAAAAUGUAUUAAAUCUUAGAAUUUUGGUGUCUUGUUUUUAGAAUUUAUCUGGUGCUCAUAGGGUUGAGUUGCAAUAUUUUUUCUAUCUUUUUGAUAGGUCUUAUUAUACUCUUAUAAUGUGUUUUCAAACUUUGAUAUUAUACAUUAAUUUCUGGUUGAUAUAUUGUACUUUUUUCAGAACAAAGAUUUUCAUGUGAAUAUUUCACUAUUUGUGUUUGUUUUGAUGAAUUUUGGUCUCCAUGAAAAUGCUAGAUCCUUUUCACAACCAUGUAUUUUUUUCUAAAAUGGGAAUGUUUUGCUUGUACAUUUUGUAUUUAUUCACAAGUAAUGCUUCUAUGUGUAAAUCUAGUCGCUUUAUGCUGAUAUUUUAUAAACCUAUAUGUCUGUAUACUGUAGGAAUGAUAGGGUAUUAUAUCUGGUUGUAAACCUGAACUCCUGUGGUAUUUAAUAGACAACAGUUCUGUGUAAGGUGUCCCUUUAAUCUAAUAUCAUCUUUGAAAGAAGCAAUUGUUCUUAAAAAUAAUGAUUAUUCAAAUAAUAUGGUGCAAAAAUAUAUGAUUUGUUGAUCUGAGCCUGCAAAAUUUGUGGCUCAAUGAGACAGUGAUCAUACAAUACUUGAUCAUACAUUUCAUAAUGGUCGUCAUCAACAUUUAAAUUCAGUUAGUAGAAUUUAUUUGAGAAUUUGAAAUUAUUGUCAAACCUUCAAAAAUUAUCAAGAUCAAUAUGUUUUCUAAUUUUCUUUUCUUACAAGAGCGGCUUAGUUUUUGGCAGUCAAUAUUACUCUUUUACACAGACAGCAGUUAGACUAGACAGGAUUACACAUCAUGAAUUUUUACAAAUUAUUUGCAAAUAUGUAACAAAUGGGGCCUCAUGAAUUAUGAUGAAUUUACAGUUUAAAGUACAGUAAACAUGAUUAUCUUAGAGAAGUUAUUUUGUUGUUUUGUAUUAAUUGUUGAUUCAGAUUUUUUGUUAAAAGGUUAAUUUUAAUAAAAAUACCAAAUAUUUA